ACAUAAGAACUCUCGUAACCUCUGCCAGGAGACCUGGGAGGACGGCAAAAAGCCUAAUCGCCGUGAUGAACUCAGCACUUCCUUCACCUGCCAAAGAGCAGCACCUGCCACAAGUGCUUUAUUUACCUUUAUGAAAGUUGGGGUUUGAAGCAGAUGAUGCCUGAAGGAGGCAAAGAGGUUCCUCUGGAGAGUCGGCAAGGCUGUGCUACUGGGUUCUUAUACUAACCUGAUGCCGGGAGGUACGAGAAGCCGCAGAAAAAACGCGACACGUCUGCAUAUGGAGCGUCAAUUUGACUCGAAUAUUUAACGGGGAGGGACAUUACAUAUACAAAGCCCACGGACCUAGAUCGCCAGAUCUUGUACAAAAUCCAAACGCACGCGGCUUCGCAACAGAAAACUGGGAGCGCAGAGACACGCGCGCGGGCGGCGGGGCCCGGGCGCCGGGUACCCGCCCCCUCCGGUUACGCGGGGUACUUGGGCUGGAGCGGGGAGCGCCAAGGAGAGCCAGGCCCCGGGCGAGGGCUGCAGCUCGACUGUGCUGCCUCCCGGCUGCGGGCCCCCGAGAGCCCCAGGUGUUAGUGGGACCGGCACUUGGCGAACUGGGAACCCGCGGCCACCCUGCCCCGCGGAUCCCAGGGCCCCAGCUUUUACAGGCUGUUCUGAGGUCAGAGGGACUAAGAUGGUGUCCGCUGGGAGCUCCCCGGGCCGCCUUCCUGAGGAAUUCGCCCCGACAGCCCCUUGUCCUAGGCAAGUAACUAAGUGGGCGGCCCAGAAGUUUCGGGUUCCAGGGGCCGAGGCACACCCAAGCACGCCGCAAGACCAAACAAAUGUUUGAGGAGAGAACGCCGAAAGCGCGAGGAGGCGGAGCUAGCUCUGGGUCACCAUCUCGCGACGUCUUCGUGACGUCGCACAGCAAGCGCGUGUUCUACUCUUUCACCUUCAGUCAGCCUUCUCAGUAUACGAGCCUACCCCUUUAAGCGAAUGAUGGACAGUUAUUUCAGCCUAUCAACUUCCUUGUCAACAUCCAAUCAAAUUUAAACUUCUUUGAGCCGCCGGAGGAGUUGGAAAAAGAGGUCGAAAAAGGGAGCGCUUUCUCUCUCGCGAGAACGCUGUAAGCGGGCCUCUCAGAAAAAACGCCAGAACUGAUGGCCCGACUUCCCAGAUAGUGAGUUAAAGGACGGAGUCACAAACCAAUGAAAGGAAUGAAGAGGUGGGAUCACUGCUUUUACCGCGCUAGAAGUACCGUUACAGGGCAGACUUUUUGUCCAAUCAACGCCUCCAGAGUUUGGGUCAGGUGACCCUAGAGUGCGAGGGGCGGAGCCACAGCCUGGCGCGAGGAACCGUUAAGAUGGACAACAAAUAUAACCAAUGAGGUACUCAGACUAGGGCGUUGGGAACCCAAUAACAGUGGUUGGGCGGGCGCCUUUCCGGAGCGCGGGGAGAUGUAAAGACAGACAAAUCGUUUUCCCAAUGAGACUGUAGAAGAGACAAGCUAAUUGACCAAUGAGGACUGCGGGGCGGGAUCCUUUACCGCGGCGGAGUCCAAGAUGGCGGCGUGCGGUUCCGCUGUGUGAAACGAGCGCGGGGCGGCGGGUUAAUCAUCUCCGCGGAGACGACCUCCGACGACCCGCAACAAUGAAGGGAAAAGAGCGCUCUCCAGUCAAGCCCAAACGCUCCCGUGGAGGUGAGGACUCGACUUCCCGCGGGGAGCGGAGCAAGAAGUUAGGGGGCUCUGGUGGCAGCAAUGGGAGUAGCAGCGGAAAGACCGACAGCGGCGGCGGGUCGCGGCGCAGCCUUCAUCUGGACAAGUCCAGCAGCCGAGGUGGCAGCCGCGAGUAUGACACUGGUGGGGGCAGCUCCAGUAGCCGCUUGCAUAGUUACAGCUCCCCAAGCACCAAAAAUUCCUCGGGCGGGGGCGAGUCGCGCAGCAGCUCCCGGGGUGGAGGCGGGGAGUCACGUUCCUCUGGGGCCGCCUCCUCAGCUCCUGGCGGCGGGGACGGCGGGGAAUACAAGACACUGAAGAUAAGCGAGUUGGGGUCCCAGCUGAGUGACGAAGCGGUGGAGGACGGACUGUUUCACGAGUUCAAACGUUUCGGUGAUGUAAGUGUCAAAAUCAGUCAUCUCUCGGGUUCUGGCAGCGGGGAUGAGCGAGUAGCCUUUGUGAACUUCCGGCGGCCAGAGGACGCGCGGGCGGCCAAGCAUGCCCGAGGCCGCUUAGUGCUCUAUGACCGGCCUCUGAAGAUAGAAGCUGUGUAUGUGAGCCGGCGCCGCAGCCGCUCCCCUUUAGACAAAGAUACUUACCCUCCGUCAGCCAGCGUGGUCGGGGCCUCUGUAGGUGGACACCGGCACCCCCCUGGAGGAGGUGGAGGCCAGCGAUCACUUUCCCCUGGUGGCGCAGCCUUGGGAUACAGAGACUACCGGUUGCAGCAGUUGGCUCUUGGCCGCCUGCCCCCUCCACCUCCACCACCAUUGCCCCGUGAGCUGGAGAGAGAGCGAGACUACCCGUUCUAUGAGAGAGUGCGCCCAGCAUACAGUCUUGAGCCAAGGGUGGGAGCUGGAGCAGGUGCUGCUCCUUUCCGAGAAGUGGAUGAGAUCUCACCCGAGGAUGAUCAGCGAGCUAACCGGACGCUUUUCUUGGGCAACCUAGACAUCACUGUGACAGAGAGUGAUCUAAGAAGGGCUUUUGACCGCUUUGGAGUCAUCACUGAGGUAGACAUCAAGAGGCCUUCUCGGGGCCAGACCAGUACCUAUGGCUUUCUCAAAUUUGAGAACCUAGACAUGUCUCACCGGGCCAAACUAGCAAUGUCUGGCAAAAUUAUUAUUCGGAAUCCUAUCAAAAUUGGUUAUGGUAAAGCUACGCCGACCACCCGCCUCUGGGUAGGUGGUCUGGGACCUUGGGUGCCUCUUGCUGCCCUGGCCCGAGAGUUUGACCGAUUUGGCACCAUUCGCACUAUAGACUACCGCAAAGGUGAUAGUUGGGCAUAUAUCCAAUAUGAAAGCCUCGAUGCAGCUCAUGCUGCCUGGACCCAUAUGCGUGGCUUCCCACUUGGUGGCCCAGAUCGUCGCCUUAGAGUAGACUUUGCAGAUACAGAACAUCGUUACCAGCAGCAAUAUCUGCAGCCUCUGCCCUUAACUCAUUAUGAGUUGGUGACAGAUGCUUUUGGACAUCGAGCACCUGACCCUUUGAGGGGUGCUCGGGAUAGGACACCACCCUUACUGUACAGAGAUCGUGACAGAGACCUUUAUCCUGACUCUGACUGGGUGCCACCCCCGCCCCCAGUCCGUGAACGCAGCACUCGGACUGCAGCUACUGCUGUGCCUGCUUAUGAGCCACUGGAUAGCCUGGAUCGCAGGCGAGAUGGCUGGUCCUUGGACCGGGACAGAGGCGAGCGAGAUUUGCCCAGCAGCAGAGACCAGCCUAGGAAGCGAAGGCUGCCUGAGGAAAGUGGGGGCCGGCACCUGGAUAGGUCCCCUGAGAGUGACCGUCCCCGAAAACGUCACUGUGCUCCUUCUCCCGACCGCAGCCCAGAGUUGAGCAGUAGCCGGGAUCGCUACAACAGUGACAAUGAUCGAUCUUCCCGUCUUCUUAUCUUGGAAAGGCCCUCUCCAGUCAGAGACAGACGAGGUAGUUUGGAGAAGAGCCAGGGUGACAAGCGAGACCGUAAAAACUCUGCAUCAGCUGAACGGGAUAGGAAGCACCGGACAGCUGCUCCCACUGAGGGAAAAAGCCCUCUGAAAAAAGAAGACCGUUCUGAUGGGAGUGCACCCAGCACCAGCACUGUUUCCUCGAAGCUAAAGUCCCCUUCCCAGAAACAGGACGGUGGGACAGCCCCCACAGCUGCAGCCUCUCCCAAACUCUGUUUGGCCUGGCAGGGCAUGCUUCUAUUGAAGAACAGCAACUUUCCUUCCAACAUGCAUCUGUUGCAGGGUGACCUCCAAGUGGCUAGUAGUCUUCUUGUGGAGGGCUCAACUGGAGGCAAAGUAGCCCAGCUCAAGAUCACUCAGCGUCUUCGUUUGGACCAGCCCAAGUUGGAUGAAGUAACUCGACGCAUCAAAGUGGCAGGGCCCAAUGGUUAUGCCAUUCUUCUGGCUGUGCCUGGAAGUUCUGACAGCAGGUCCUCCUCUUCUUCAGCCACGUCAGACACUGCCACCUCUACUCAGAGGCCACUUAGGAACCUUGUGUCCUAUUUAAAGCAAAAGCAGGCCGCUGGGGUGAUAAGCCUCCCUGUGGGGGGCAACAAAGACAAGGAAAACACCGGGGUCCUACAUGCUUUCCCACCCUGUGAGUUCUCCCAGCAGUUCCUGGAUUCCCCUGCCAAGGCACUGGCCAAAUCUGAAGAAGAUUACCUGGUCAUGAUCAUUGUCCGUGCAAAACUGGUGAACUGCGGAUUGAAGAUAUGGAAUUCAAAGCUCUAAUGGACCUUUUUGAAGAGAAGUUGUGGCUUAUGUGGAGUUUACAUGGGCCUCUUGAUGGAAGAAAGCUAAUCUGUUUAGUAUUUGUGCAUUUUACUAAAAUGGCAGCUUAAAGUUGUGUAUCUGCUAUUGUGAUGCCAAUGCCGGUGUUUUAAGUGGAAAAAAAAAUGACCUCUUGCUUUGUGCUGUGUACACAAGAUUUCUGGAAAAGUAAAGAAAAACCCUUUUUAUGGCUCACACAGCUUAAAAGUAGCUGUCACUCAAACGUGCGCUCACAGUUGAGCUGCUUUUGUUUUAUUCUAAAUAAAUUGUUUCUUUUGAGGAAAAUGUUUUUCUGCCUGGAAGUGAAUUGACGGCAAACCUUUGACCCCUUUGUUUGCAGCCGAGGGGGUACUUGCUGCUGCUCAGAUCUUGUAUGUCUUGAGCAAGAAGCAGGGAGACCAUCAUUUUGACUAUCGCGGUGUGUCAAUUCUGAAGGAUCACUAGUGUUACUGUGACCCCCUUUGUUUGCAGCGAAGGGGAUCCUUUGCUUCUCAGUCCUCAACUUGAUGAGGAAAUGGUGCUGUUUGCUGGCACGCAAGAAGCCGGGGCAAGCACCGUAAGCCUCACCACAGUGCACGAGUCGGGGGCUUUGCUGGUUUGAAGAGCCGGAGUUGCUGAAAUUUAAGUUUUGAUUUAUUUUGUUCACCCAUCACGUUUGGCCUUAGUUUCAUUUUUAAUUUGAAGAAAAGUUUGAAAUUGCUUUAUCUUGCACUUAACAUUUGCACCAAAUUGCCAAAAGAAGGAGAAAUGCUCCGUUUGCUUUUUAAAUGUUAAUGAUGAUGUUAAUAAAGCCUUUCCUGACACAUUUGAGGAGCUCCUCCAUCUCCAGGGGCUUCUUACCAGAGUUAUGCAGUGAUGGGUUUAGUUCUGAAUGGAUGAAGAGUUCCUGAGAGCUAGCGUUUGUAAUUAGAACCAUUACUUGGUAUCUGUGCCUUAUUUGACCUGUGGUUCCACAUGCCUUGGAUGUGCAUGCACCGUGACGGUUUCAUAGGUACGAACGCACACUCAGGCCCAGUCACUUCGGUUGGUAGUACAGAUUGUGAGGAAAAAAUGGAGGCAUCCUUAAAGAGGAGAAAGUGUUUGCCUUUAGUUCCUGCGUUAUCCUGUACAGGGGCUCCUGAGCUUUGGAAGCUGUUCCCAGUACAGGAGAACAACUCCCCUGUUUGCAGCAGGAGACUUCGGUGCACAGUGACAACGCUGCAAUUCAAGAGGAAGCCAGCAGUACUGCCACCAGUGGCUUCAGACACCAUUGUCGUUUGCCAGUUUUAAACGUAACUAGUUGCAGACGAAGACCACCUUGAAAUGCAGGCUUGUUGGGCUUGUUUUGAAUUUUAACCUCGGAUGGAAGAGCCCUAGUGCUGUCUGUCUCCAUGCGGGAUGAUGCUUACUUAGGCAACAGGUGAUUAUCAACCAAGGAUGCCACGGUUAUGCUCUGCAAGGUGGUGUUCCAGUGGCAAACAGCUGUAUAAACUCUUGUAAACAGGAACUACUGACAAUCAAAAACCUAUAGCCGACUUUGGGAUAUGACUUUACUAUUCAGCAACUAAAAGAUGAGUUCUAAUUGGCAGACUUCUGGCACUGGCACUUGUCCUCCUGUUUCUAUAAAAACUGGGUUGGAAGUCAGAGCUGCACAAAGGGAAAGGGUAAGUUUCUUUUAAACUCCAUAUUUAUAAACCCAUAUCUUAUUAACUGUGGCAUGGUGUCAGUUUUCAAUACAUCCGUGAACUAGAAUGCAAACAUGAACUACUAAUUUUCAUUUCAGUGGAAACUGACAUCAAGUCAUUAAAUAUAAUAGGAGGGUUUAAAUAUGGAUUUAUUUUUCUUGUGACUCUGACUUCACAUUUCUUGAAAUAAUUGAACUCAGUAUGACAAUUCUCACUUUCAGUUAUUUCUAAUUUGGGGAUUAUAAAAUUGAUUUUUAUCCUCUUAGAUCUUAUUCUAUUGAACCUUUCUGGUAAGUGAAAAUUGGAAGAUAAAAUAUGUACAGAGGACAUUUUAAAAGUCUGCAUGAAUUACAAGUCUCUUGUUUUGCGCUAAGUCCGAUUUUUUCCAUUAUAAAACAAGUACUGUACUACUGACCAGUUUUUUAGUUUCUCUCCUCUCUUUGCCAAGCAGGAUGAGGUCGUCUGUUGGGCACAUACAUUUGUUUUCAUCCAGGCAGACAUCCAUUAUUCGUAGACCCUAAGACACCUGCCAGUUGGCUCUGUUUUUCCAUCUCUCAGCCAGCGGUACAAAGAACAGGGAAACUGAAGAGAGGAGAAAGCAUAUGCCAGAGAAGUAGAAGGAGCCAGUGUAUGUCCGGGUGUGAUCAUAUAACCAGCCUGGAAAGAAGGAGUGGUCUCUGUUAGUGAAGCAGACCUUUCAGAUAGUAAUUCUCAGCCAUCGACUGCAUCGAGGGGAGGAGCCUCCUGUACUUACUAGUUUUUAAAAAAAUUUAUUAGAGAGCAGGGGGAGGAGCAGGGAGAAGGACAAGCAGAUUCUGAGCGCAGAACCCCAUGCGGGGCUUGAUCCCACCACCCAAGCCAAAACCAGGAGUCAGCUGCUCAACCGACUGAGCCACCCAGGCGCCCCAAGCCUCACUGCCUUUUAAGACAGGUGCUCUCUAAAGUCGCUAUGUAAGUAAGAUUUACCACGAGUGCUUUAAGUAUUUGCUUUAUGCUAUGAGUUUCAUUAAAAGGAUUGUGCUCUGGGGGCGCCUGGGUGACUCAGUCAUUAAGCGUUUGCCUUUGGCUCAGGUCAUCCCAGGGUCCUGGGAUCAAGCCCCGCAUCGGGCUCCCUGCUCCGCGGGAAGCCUGCUUCUCCCUCUCCCACUCCCCCUGCUGUGUUCCCUCUCUCACUGUCUCUCUCUCUGUCAAAAAAUAAAUAAAAUCUUUAAAAAAAAAAAAAAAAAAAGGAUUGUGCUCUGUGUUAGGAUUUUGAAGCUUGAUUUUUUUUGGCUUUGUGAAGAAAAGACUAUUCCACCCCUACCCUCUUUUUAACCACAGUUGAGAGCUAUUUCGAUUUUAUUUUUGAUGUUUUUAUAGGGAUUCAUCAAUCUUAGGAAUACUGAAUAAAAUUAUAAUUCUUUGGGGCUUUAUUGUUUAUGGGGAAAAUAAUCACAGAGUAAUUAAUGAUCUGCAUUAUUUUCUUUUGAUUCUUUAGGGUAUAAUAUAUUCCUCAGGAUUUAGAGGACAGAGAACUCUGCUCUGCCUUCUUACUUCUCUCCACCUACCCCAGCCUACAAAGUGGAUUUAUAGCAAAUCAAAAGGUUUGUUUUCCAAAUAAAAUUUCAGGUCAUAGAGAAGUUUUCAACUGAUUGGCCAAGAUGAUAAAAUUGUAGAGGGCAUGGUUGAUAAAAGAUGGAGUGAGGAGCAGGUGGGGUAUUUGUUUCAUGUUGUAUCUGAAAUGAGGAUAGAAUAGAGAGAGGGAGUGACCAUUUCAUGAGGAGAUGACCUUAUCUGGAUUAAUGGGACAGGGACAAGCUUAGAUGGAUGAAUUUCCAUUUUAGCCAUUGUCUGCUCUUAUAAAACACAGGUGAAGAGUUAGUGUAAAAUUACCAGUUUCCCUCCAUGGUAUUUCUGAUGAGGUGUGAAGCUGACAAAUAAUAGCAAGAGAGAGAUGUACUUCUCCUUUAGGAACUAUUUAACUUACUCUGGAGUAGAACUAGCUUAUGAUUGUUCAGCGUUAGAAAUGGCUUUUCUUGAGUUUGUCGAAAAAAAUCACUUUUGUGAAAUACCCUACUUGAUUGAGUGAAGCUUCAGUUUUUUUUUAAGGUCAUUUUUACUAUACCACAGCUCAGGAUGUCUUCAUUUAAAGGUAAAGCAGAAUAUGUAUGUGUGUGUGUGUGUGUGUGUAUAAUGGAAUAUUACUUAGCCAUCAAAAAAAUGAAAUCUUACCAUUUGUGACAACGUAGAUGGAACUAGAGGGUAUUAUGUUUAGCGAAAUUAGUCAAUCAGAGAAAGACAAUUAUAUGAUUUCACUCAUAUGUGGGAUUUAAGAAAUAAAACAGAGGAGCAUAGGGGAAGGGGGGAAAAUAAAAUAAGAUGAAAUCAGAGAAGGAGACAAACCAUAAGAGACUCUUAACCAUAGGGAGCAAACUGAGGGUUGCUGGAGGGGGAAGGGUAUUGGGGGGUGGGGUAAAGGGGUGGUGGGCAUUAAGGAGGGCAUGUGAUGUAAUGAGCAUUGGGUGUUAUAUACAACUGAUGAAUCACUGAACUCUACCUCUGAAACUAAUAAUACACUAUAUGUUAAUUGAAUUUGAAUUAAAUUUAAAAAAAUAAAGGUAAAACAGAGUUAACCAGUUUUCACAAUAGCCAAGUUAUAGUGACUUAACCAAAUUUUCAAUUAAUGAAGUAGAGAAAGAAUGUACAUUCUAAUCUAAAUUUAGAGGUUCUAGACUAUUGUCCUUGGUAUUAAUUUCUGGCAGUGCAUGAUAGUGCUGUGCCAUGACCCAAGGUGCUAUGGAAGAACUGUAAGAGAAUAUAAGAGAAUAACUUUUGUCUUUUCUGUGUUCCCCGUAACAGCUAGGAGAGUGCUAUGCUAAUAAGUUGCUUGAUAAUUAUUGAAUGAAUUCCGAGUUAUGAUCAAAUAAUUAUUGAUGGUGGUUUAACGGAGUUUUCAGAUAUUUGUGAUUGGUUUAAAUAUGUAUAAAAUAUAUAUAUUCGCAUAAUAUAGGCAUUCAUCAGUUGGCAGUGGGUAGGGUAUGUGGAAGAGAGGGGAACUGCAUAUUCAGUUUUAUUUUAUAGGCAGCUGAUAAAACCUUGGUGGUUUUAUUUUUAAGUGAAACUGAGCCUUUAGCAUUUUUGGGCUCACAUAUCAAAUGCCUUGGAUACAAGAUUAGAAAUUUCACAUUCCUACUUAUAUGUUGGUGAGUAUGAUUAUAUGCUUUGUUUGCUUAAGGCAUGAAUUUUGUAUUUAUAUUGCUUUUUGCAGGUUCAUUUUUGUUAACAGAGAUUAAAUAGAAACAUAAUAAGGUUUUAAAAUAUCAGUACUUUUUCUUUCUUAAGAUUUUAUUUAUUUAUUUGACAGAGAGAGACACAGCGAGAGAGGGAGCACAAGCAGGGGGAGUGGGAGAGGGAGAAGCAGGCUUCCGCCGAGCAGGGAGCCCGAUGCGGGGCUCGAUCCCAGGACCCUGGGAUCAUGAUCUGAGCUGAAGGCAGACGCCUCACGACUGAGCCACCCAGGCGCCCCCGUACUUUUUAUUUUUCUACAACCUUCCAAGGCUUCCAUCUGGGCCAAUUUGUAGCUCUGGAUGCCAUCCACCAGCAAAAAACAGCACUUGGGUUUGGAUGAGCAGUGACAUUUGGCCUACACUUAGGUCUGUUGACCACCCUAGGUCAGGAAACCUAGAACAAUCCUAAAAAACUGUCCUAAUCUAAAGCAGAUCCUAUUAUUAACUAACACUGAAUUUGUCAUGGAGUGUUAGAAAGGAAUAGCAGGGGCUGUGGGGUGGAAGAAGCUCUGUAUGUAUGGGGAGUAAUUUUUCACUUGUUUCCAUUUCAGUCCCUGUCAUUUUCAUUCGAGAUCUGAUACAUUUUGUUGCUACUAUGUUUCUUAUCAUAUUCAGAGUUAAUGAAGGUCUAUAAAUAAAUUUUCUUGCCCAUAUGUUGUAUUGACUUUUUUUUUUUUAAAGAUUUUAUUUAUCUUUUUGACAGAGAGAGACACAGCGAGAGAGGGAACACAAGCAGUGGGGGAGUGGGAGAGGGAGAAGCAGGCUCCCUGCUCAGCAGGGAGCCCGAUGUGGGGCUCAAUCCCAGGACCCUGGGACCGUGACCCGAGCCAAAGGCAGACACCUAAUGACUGAGCCACCCAGGCACCCCUCUAUUUAUAUUUUUUAAAAGAAAAGUAUUUUUUAAAAACUCAGUCAUAUGAUUCCUUUGGGUAUCUUAUGCUUUUUUUUUUCUUCCCUCGAAUUAUUAAAAUAUGCUGUAUAGGGGGCGCCUCGGUGGCUCAGUUGUUAAGUGUCUGCCUUCGGCUCAGGUCAUGGUCCCAGGGUCCUGGGAUUGAGCCCCACAUCGGGCUCCCUGCUCGGCGGGAAGCCUGCUUCUCCACCUCCCCUGCUUGUGUUCCCUCUCACUGUUUCUCUGUCAGAUAAAUAAAUGAAAUCUUUAAAAAAAACAUGCUGUAUAGGACUAACUUGUUUUUCUUUUUCAUUUCCAUACAGGAAGGAGAAAAAUACUGUUAAUUAAUGUUACAGUUUUUAACUAGUGUUAACUGAGGGUUAUUGUGAAAAAUUUUACUGUUUGUUAGAUUCCUAAUUUUAAAAAUGCCUGUAAUGUUUUGUAGGAAUUUCAACUUCUGCAAUUUGAUAACAGAUCUAGGUAAGUACAAAAUGAGCAUCUCCUACAUGCGGAAAAUCUAAAUUUGGUUGAGACUGUAAUACUUUAUAACCAGUAAGCCUUUUGAUUUAGUUAAAGCUGAAGAUGAUAAAGUGACUGCCCAUACCUGUUGAGAGCUGAGUGAAUCUGUAAAUCAACAUCUUUGAUGUUUCUUUGGUCCUUGCUGCUGGAGUCAAAGGUUAGGAACAAAUCUAAUGGCCUUUGUAAAAUUCUCUUUGUUGUUUCACAGAGGAAUGGCUUACAUGAGUAAGGACUUUACUGAAGUUUCUCCCUUUAACAAGAUGCUUAGCACAGCGUUGCAGUCAAUGAGAGAUCAUGGUAUAGAGAAGGAAAUUUAACUGAAUUUUGUAUUAUUUUAAUCUUGUUUAAGAUACUGUGAGCAACUUCUAGACUAAAAAUCUAUAUAUAAGCUAUCAGCAACAGCCUUAUCACUUCCUUUGACUAUUUUGUAGAAUUUAUAAAAUUUAUGAUUGCCUAGAUAAUAUUUUCAGAAUUGGUGGGUAAAAAUUCUUUCAUGAGCUCUCCUUAUCCUCACAUAUAGUGCUAGGGUAUUGUGGACGUUGGGUAAUAAAAGGCUUGUAAAUUUUUUUGACUCAUUAACCAUAAGAAAUAUGUUUUACAUCACAUAUAUUUUAUAUGACAUAGGUGUGUGUGUGUGUGAACUAAACAUUUAAAAUAAAGUGAUGCACAGUGUUUUUUAAUCUGUUCUGUUGUAGUCUAUUUUUCUUUUCCUAAUAAGAUUUAUUUAUUUAUUUUUGAGAGAGAGAUCGAGCGCAGCGGGGAGGGACAGAGGGAAAAAGAAACUUAAGCAGACUCCAUGCUGACCACGGAGCCUGACACGGGGCUCGAUCCCAGGACCCUGAGAUCAUGACCUGAGCUGAAACCAAGAGUUGGACACUCAGCCGACUGAGCUACCCAGGCACCCCUCAUCUGUUCUUUUUCAUUAAAAAAAUUUAAAAGAUCAUGACCCAACAAAUUGAUUCAAUACCCACACACACAUCUCUAGUUCUUCCCUUUAGAGUAAUAGUCCUCACAAAACUUGCCUUGUCUUCUCAUGUAUUGAACUCUUUAAACAUUUUAAGAUGUAGGGGCGCCUGGAUGGCUCAGUCUGUUUAAGCGUCUGCCUUCGGCUCUGGUCAUGAAUCCGGGGUCCUGGGUUCGAGCCCUGCUUAGUGCUCCACACUCAGCGGGGAGCCUGCUUCUCCCUCUCCCUCUGCGCCUCCCGCCCCCACUCGUGCAUGCUUUCUCUCUCUCUUUCUGAAAUAAAUAAUUUUUAAAAUAAUAAACAUUUUAAGAUACAUAUAAAAACAUAGAAAACUUGAAAUCUCUAAACAUGUUACAUGUUUUUAUCUUUUGAAUAAGAUACUCUGUGCCCUGGUAUUUGUUAGCUCCCUAUAUUUUGGGCCUAAUAGGCUUGGAAAGUUUUAAGGCAUCACGGGAAUGGCCAUUGAAGAAGGAUCAAGAUUGAGAAAAUGCAUCGGCAAGCUAUAUUUGAGUUCUGUUUUUUCUAGCUCGCUGACCUGGGCACCAACCAUAGAGCUGCUCUGCUAAGCACAUCUGGUGUUAGUCUCCUGUUACCAGCCCCUACGUCACAGUCCUGGGCCUGACUUUAAAAUUCGAGCCUGCUUUCCAGGUGUGAGGUGUAGGCUGACCUAGACCACAUGGGCAGAGGUGGGCUCAUAAACACAAGUAGGAGUUGGUUGUAUAUUUGUAUAAACUUUUCCUUUAGAAGAGAUACACCUAAAUUGAACAUCAGAUAAUGGUGUGUUUUUUUCCAUUCAAUAAUAAUUUUUGUUAUUAAUUUUAUACUUUCCCUUUUGCUGUUUGCCUUUUCUAGGUCUUACAUUUAGGUGCAAACCUAAAUAGCAUUUAGUUUUUAAACAAAGAUAGUGAGGCAAGAUUGUAUUUUUUUCUGUUUCACUUCAGGACUGAAGGAAGUAAAAGGAAGUUUUAGGCUGAAUACCUUUUUGUGGGUGAUUGGAAAUGCUGUAGUAAUUUAGACAUUUAAACAUUGAGAACCUGUAGUAUGUAAAAUACUAAAGUUUAAGUCUGUUCCCUCGAAACGUUUCUGUGUGAGUAGUCUUUUGAGAGUCUUGGAUUAAAUGUUCAGCAAGCACGGAAUGUCCAUUUAAGUUAAACCUGCAUACAAAACAAUGCUUUAGUCUUAAAGCUAGCUUAAAUAUCAGAACUCCCCCAAUUUUUCCUGCGCUUGUAUUUAAUAUUCACCACUGGCGGGCCCCACACAUCCUCUCCACAGAGAUUCUGGCCUGUAGGCCAAGUAUCCUCCCACCCUCGGACCAGAUAGAGUAUGAAGGGCCUCCAUCAUCCCUCUUGGAAAAUCAGAGAUGCUGGGAAGCCCUGGACAAGCUGUGUAGUAGCACAUCUGAAGAGCAGAAGGGUCAGGCAGCCUUCAAGCUCUGUAAUGACUCCUGCUCAGAUAAAAGAUGCUAGUGGUUGGUUGGUUUGUUUAAGGCAUCAUCGAUCUUUGAGAAUCUUCUAAAACGCUGGAUUGUCUCCCUAGGCAAGUAGAUAUACACACAAUCCCUGCUCUGAGACUCCCAAGAUACUGUAAGAAGCUGCUUAAUUAACCUCUUACUAUCUGUUGAGUGAAUUCUCAGAUUCUCCUGGGUUGGUGAUGGGAUGUGAAAGUGAGUGUAGGAACAGCAGAGAUCUCAUCAGGCUUUUAACCUGAUACUGUCAUUGCAUGUUACCAUUCGUAAUGGAUCAGCAUUUUCUUUUAGCUAUUGAAGUUUGCUCAAAAUAUGGCUAAGCUGUUACCUGCUAUAGGUGGUCCAGAAAGGACAGCCAUCCCAGCAAAGAAACCGGCAAGUCCCAAGAACCUGUGUACUCUAGAAUUCCCAGACAGAUCAACCUGUAGGGAUUAGAAUCCAGUGUUAGCCAUAUUGAAGGUGAAACUCUGUAGAGACCUGUGCAUGCAGAGAUAAAUACUAUGAACGAUUGACUUGAGGCGAUUUGGUUGGCCUUUUGCCUUGAUAUUCUACAAGAGCUGAGGCAAACAAGGAAGAGUUAUUAUGCCAGGCAGGCAGUGUUCUCAUUUUAUUAGUAAGGAACUAUGAGGCUUCUUAUUUUAAAUCUUUGAGACAACUCAGGGGUACCUUUCUUCCCUGAUCCUCACGGCUCUUCUCUAUUAGGAAAUGGUAUUUACAUUCUGAGCUGACAGUGGUAUUCUCAAAUCCACCUAUGGCUAAAUACCAGCUAUUGGUUGUAAGAAGUCAGUUUUUCCAGGUUGAUUUCAGCUUUAGAAAGUUUGGUUUUUACAUAAGCUUCAUAUAAUAUCCUACAGCCCUUACGCGAAUAUUGAUAUCAGGCCAGAAGAAUCCAUGAAAUAUUUGUGUAAGUAUUUCCAUUCCUUUGGGCCCAGUCAAUUUGGGGUAAAAGUAGAGAGGAAAUGAACAAUGUCCCUAUUAAAGUACAUAGAACUACUCUCAACAAGAGAGAAGCCACACUGGUCAGGAAGUCACUUUUUCUCUCAAGGAACUCCUCAAGAUGGUGUCUUAGAAGGAGCCAAAGAAAUUUCUGGAGCUGAAGGAAACAAGUAAACACAAACCUAACCUUUUGGGGGACUGAGAAAGUGAAAUCCUACUGAUCCCCUUUUUGCUUUCAUUUCUUUUUUGUCUCAUAUAUGUUCUCUCACCAUUCCUCCCCCAAGGGUAAGAUGAAAACUGGACAGGAUACAGCUACAGGGUUUCGGAGGCCUUGCAUAUGGUUUUUUUUUUAAAUUAUAAAAUUAACACAAAAUAUGUAGUCUCUUUGGGGAGGUUAUUAUUAAUACGUGCUUUUUUCUAAAUGGUCUACAGUGUUAAUGAGUAUGUCUACUCACCAGUACAGGAAGUAUCAUUGCCAGGUAACCACCAGCGAAAAUGGCAAAGAAGAUGGUAUAGGUCAUAAGUAAUGGAAAUGUGGUUGCCAGAGGAGCAAGGAGGUUAGUGAUGCCGCAGAGGAUGAGGUAAGACUUGUGGUAAUGAUACUUCUUGAUCCAGUUUUGAUCAGCAACCCAUCCAGAGAUGAUCUGACUGACUGCCUCAGUGAUACCUGGAACAAGAUUGAGAAGACCUUAUGAAAUCCGAAUUCCGUUUCCCUAGCCCCUUUGGAAAGUGUAACUGCAUAAGACCUCUUCUCCUGAGUAAUACAGCUUCUUCCUGAGGUGAGGACAUAUGAGCAAAAAAUGGUCUCAUCUGUCUGUCAUCAGAUUCAAUCAUUUAUUUACCUACUCCAAAUACAUCUAAUACAAUGCCGAAAAAGACUCCUCCAGAGUUGGGUAGAAGACCCCCUCAGGUGUUUUUUUUGUUUUUUUUUCCUCAUCGGGUUUGGAAAGCUUGUUCUACCUAACUGGGAAUCCCUGGUUACAGAGGCCCCAGCGCUCAGGAAGCCUUCCUCAGAGAGGUCCUGCAGGGGAGGGGGAGAGAGUUCUAAAAGACUGGUAGACCCUCUGGGCAGUGUGCUGGGGAGUCAGAUGGUGGAAGACUGGACAUUAUAAAUAAUAAAGUCUUACGUUGAAAAUAAAAAUAGAUGUUGGGACUCUUUCUUAUGGUUGUACCUGAGGUUUUGGUAAUUAAGUGCUCCCCUCAAGGUUAUUAUGCUUGGAAAUAGGAAAUCUGUUUUGUUUUGCUUUUUUUUUGGAAAUAAGUGGGAAAUCUGGAAAUGUGUGAUCAUUUUGAACAUUGGAGCUAUGUUGUAAACUUGAAUAAAAUUUGAGAAUCAUAUUUUUCUUUCAUGAUAA